AUGCAUCUUUCAUUUUCACUUAUCAUGCCGCGGGCACGAAGAAACGAUAAGCCGCCUGAAGGGUAUUCCAAGAUCGAGCCGACGCUCAAUAAGCUACUAGCGAAGCUCAAGGAUGCCCAAUCAGCAUCUAUAAAGACCGAAAACAAGAAACAAGCAUUAUGGCCGGUAUUUCGGCUCAACCAUCAAAUUUCAAGAUACAUUUAUACGAUGUAUUACGACCGUAAAGUAAUAUCCAAAGAGUUAUACGAGUGGCUACUCAAGCAAAAAUUCUGUAAUGCCAAUUUGAUAGCGAAAUGGAAAAAACAGGGAUACGAAAAUUUAUGUUGCAUCAACUGUAUCAUGACUAAUGAAACUAACCAUGGAAGUACAUGUAUUUGCCGAGUACCAAAGUCCAAUUUAGAAGAUGACGAAGGAAAGACGAUCGAGUGUAUCACGUGUGGAUGUCGUGGGUGUGCUAGUAGUGACUAG